UACACCGACACUGCCAAGCCAUUAUCGUAUCAAUAGCCAGUUAGCUCUUGCUCUGCAAUAAUUCCACGAGUCAACUUUUCUUCGCAUUUAAUGCUGAGGGACGGCGAACGGAGCGCGCAAGGAUUUAGCCCGAGAGUAAAUCAAUUACAUGCGCGGUGUAUGAUCAUGCUGUCUCGUAUAGAGGCCCUGUGUUUUCCAGUUGACGAUGCCAGUCGUACAACCUGCUGGCCUGGUUUGACGCCUGGCGUUUGCAAGUAAAGGCAGUGUCGUGUCAGAGACAACCAUUUGCAGAGGGAAACGCCACUUCCAAGAGGCAGACGACUCGCUAAUAAAAUCAGACAGUGGCAGAACAGAGUGAGAAGGAAAACUUCUGACAAAUGGAAUGAAAACACUUAUGAUGGUUUGAGGUACAUCGUCUUUCCAAGUUUCGUGGAAUAACGGACACUUGCGAAUCUGUGACAGUAAAUGGAAUAGAAGGAACCUUUACGCAGUGGAAGAACUUUCACAAUAUCGUGCGAUUGAGGCGAGGGAUGCAUUAACAAAUUUUCGGUUCGACGAAGCCGCGGUGUUAAUGGCAUCGUUUCCCGUUCUGCAGGGUUUGUUUAAGCUAUCCCAGAGGAAAUUUCCCUUGGCCGUCCAAUGAAACCCUGCGUCGUCCAAUGUUUUUAAUUACACGAUGUUGAGAUCAAACCAUCAACGUGCGCCCAUGGGCUCGAUUCAGAAUUGAUCGCUGUCGCAUCAGGUCCAAGGGAACCGGGGAAGGAGAGAGUGGGGGAAAUUUUCCCCGCAGGACGUCAGAGGACAGAACAUUCUAUAUAACGUUUUGCAUCUCCUCGCCGGUAACCAUAAUCCAGGGCACAUGGAACUACGGCUGUAUUGAAAGAACAGCGCUCGUCUCUUAAUGUAGGCAAUAUAACUACAGGAAUGGUUGGUCUGGUGAAGUGCUGGUUCAUUUAGGGGGCAAGUGGGAUUUGCCCCUUCCGAAAACUUUCAAAUCUUCUCCUAUUUUAGUAAAACAUGUAUUUAUGGGAGCCAAGAGGGAUAUUUGCAUCUUUUGUUGCAACGCUCGGAUUAAGGUGACAAGGACGCGGUGGAAUCAUUUGCCGAAAGGUCGGCUGAAGACAUGGCAAAUCCUGAAAAGAUCUGGAGACAUUUUAAGAUCCAGAUCUGGCCAAGCAUUCUGUUAUCAUCCUUCCUAUGGGUUGUGUUGCUGUUCCCCUGGAUUAAUGGCAUCGAUGUCACUACUGCGUUGCCAACUCCAAAUAUUACAGUGAAUGACAGAUGCUGCAAUGGGAUCCUCGGAUAUGCCACAAGUAAUGCUGACUUUACGAUAGUGUGUUCAGAGAUGAUAUGUUGUAACAAUAGUGAGACUGUGGCAGUCGUUCCAGUGGAUGUCGCACUGGGAUUCAGUUUUCGUUGCAUGCCUAGGUCUGAAGUUCGUCAUUUAUGCUACCGGGCUGGUGGAGAAGUGAGGACAUCCAAUCAGGAUCCAGAUCACGCACCACGUGUCUGUUGUGAGGAUGCUAAAUUUGACAUUCUUUUAAAUCAGUGGGAUGCUGCUAUGGUUGUGAAAUGUAUUGCCAGGUAGCCAAGGGUGUGCCUCCGUCACAAAUGCUUACAGUCGAAUGGUAUGUGAUGUAUGUGAUAGACUUCCAUUCCAAGUGAUGUUUGUAUUCUGUAUUUGGAUUUUGUACUAUUGGAGCUGUUACUUGCGUCAACACAAAGGAAUAUUUUCAAUGAGCUCUCAAAGCUGCAGUAUCACUUUACCACAUUGCUUGGAUACACAUCCCUCCAUCGCCGCACUCCCCCGUUGCAUCACAUGACUGCCAACACAAACAACUGUAAUGAAGACAUAUGCAAAUGCAUAUUCAUCGGACACACCGAUCGUAUUUGUGGAUUGUAUGACGAACAGUUGGAUGACAAUAUAAGGCCAUUCACAAGAAGUUGAAUAAGACACGACGAACGACGAAAUAUCAUAUGAAACAAAUGAGGAAUUUUCAAGUUAAAGUGAAUUGUGUCUUCAGCAAGAACGAUAUAAUGAAAUGCGCGUAUAGCAGUGACAAGUGAGCAGAUGACAUCAUCAGUUUUCUACUGACACGUUUUGAAUAGUGAUUCCUGAUAUAUUUAACUAUGGUCCAACGGCGUGUGGGACAUAUCGACCAGGACACUGUAAAUAUAGAUAUUUCGAUUAACUAUUGCUGUUUUGAAUUUUUGAUUUCACGAGUCUAUCAUUUGUGUGAAUGUCUCUGAAUCUUGUGAGUGAAUAAAUGUUCUUUCUACUGCU